AUGCGAGUGAAGACGGUGAUAAGGGGCAAGAGGACGGCCGGAACGGUGCACUACUGCACCAACUGCGCGAAUGACCUGGUGGCCGGAGGCGAGAUCGAUAUCUACCCCGCGCACCGCUCACAAACUCCUACUACAAUGGGCGGGAUCACAGUGUCACUGAACAAGUGGGGUCGAUGGGACUUGCUGAAGAACCUGAAGACCAUCAAGACCCAAAAGAAGGGGUGCCUGCUGGACAAGGUGCCCCAGUACCACGACAUGGCCAAGGGCUCCUGCCAGUGA